AAGUUAAUUUGCAAGUUGACUGAGAAAGCAUCGUGUUUUUCCCACGGCUGUCGGUGAAGUUAUAAAGUUUACCUGAUGAAGGAAGAGGUGUGAAAAGUAUCGUACGGGAUUUAUAUUAAGUUUAUUUAAUUCAUUUUACGAUGGAAUCAGAUAGUUCUGAUGUCAGCGACGAGGACAGAACUUCUGAUACAGAUGAAAAAGUGGAAAAUUCGCCACCCCAAUUGACAGUUGAACCAUUUGAAGUUGUUCUUAAAGGUGGGAGCCCAUGGGGAUUUACGUUGAAGGGAGGGGUAGAGGUGCGCUCUCCCAUACAAAUAUCGGAGAUAAACGCCGAGGGGAAGGCGGAUGUAAGCGCCUCUCUGAGGCUCGGGGAUUAUGUACUUGGUGUGAAUGAUGUGAAAUGUGUGUCUCUGACCGAGGCUGUACAGUUGAUCCAGAGUGCCUUCAGGACCCUCACACUGCUAGUCUGGAGGGGAUCUCCAAAGUUGGAACCAAACGUUAGCAUUUUAAGAACGUCAUCAUUUCUACAAAGAGCUCGUGAAUUACAAGAGCUUGAGAGAAACAGACUAGGAACACAGGAUGAUACAAUCAUACCGAAGGAGACAACCAACAGAGCUGCUGUGAAACCUCGUCAACGUCGGAUAGAAAGCUUUCAUGGGACACGUAGACCUAAAAAUAAUUCAUCCGUAUCCAGUGGCUCAAGCUCAGUCCAUUCGUCACCUCACGACAGCAACAACAAACCACAAAGUCCCCAACAACUGAUUCCCCAACAGUUCAAUACACAGCAACAAAGCCCACAGUAUUCCAGUCCCCAGCAACCUGUAUUGAAACAAAGCCUUCCAGACAAUCAACUCGAAACGUCUAUAAAUAAUGCCAACCAAGAUGCCAAGGGGGAUAACUCAGAUCAGGAUAUGGAAUCAGCAACAGCAGCAAAAUUAAAGGGAUGGGCGACGGUGGGAGACUUGACCCAGAAACACCAGCGCCAACUGUUAUUGCAGCAACAGCAGCACGAACAGCAGCAACAGCAGCUUCAAGGUCAGCAGGUCACAACCUCUGUCCCCCCUAGCAACAAUGUGACCCUGAACCAAGUUCAAGGUCACAUUCAAUAUCCUUCUGGACACCUGUCUCCUGCAAUGUCCUCACCCAGUUUAAACAUGGCUGACCAUUGGAAGAGUGGCUAUGGACAUGGGUCACCAUCAGGCAACAGUCACAUGGCGCCUGUCUCUUCUGCGGCAAUGGCAAAACAGGGUUUGGACCUGCAUGAGGGUUACGCUUCCACAAGUACACCACGUAGUCCUACAAAUUCCACAAACUAUACGCCAAAAUUUCCCAACCGCCCAACAGACUUGAAAUAUAGCAAAACAGGUGGUGGGUAUGGUGAUCACUAUAAUAAGGGAAGUUACUCUUAUAAUUCCAGACCUUCUCCACAUCAGUCACAACAUGGAUCAAAUACGUACAUAAACGACGAUACUUCUGUUAUCAAAACACCUAUUUCAUCAUCAAGGAAAUAUGAACGACGAUCACUCCCACCACAGCUGAACGACUACCAGAAUGUGACUGAUUUACGGACAAAUUCUCAUUCCUAUGGAAUGUUGCCUCCGAAGGAAGAAGAGGAGGGCGAGGAUCCAUCCUCUAAACAAACCGAUGGUCACUCGCCCUCCUCUCCACCACCUCCACCGCUUAGGGACAUGUCCAGUCUGAAAUAUGUGCAAGCCUCAUCGAAAAAUCAUGAGAAGUACCCAUCAUGGCCGGUGAUACAUCCAAAUAUGGACAUUGAGGCAGGGGAAGCAAUUGCAUCACAGAUGGGGGCGUGGCCUGUGAGAGACAAACCUGUCCAGAGUGAGACUGUGACAGGAGACAAUCAGGCUUACAAACCUCAGCUCAAGCCCGUUAAUGAGGGCUUGAAUGAUUCGGACAGGAAAAAUGGCGAGGACAAUAAAAGGAAUCAGAGUGACCCAGGAUUUAACAAACCAAAUAGUUUUAAGGGGCUAAGUAUAAAACGUCCCACUCCACAAGAAAUUCAGCAAACCUGGAAUCAAAGCCAGAAAAUAAAUAAGAAACAAAAUAAAUCUGUGGACAAUUUUUUCCUGAAUAAUUCACCUGGAUAUCCAAAGCCUUUGUUGGAUCAGGAUGGAAACAGAAUUGGUGAUGCUAAAUAUAGCAUUCCGUCACCGCCAGAACGGGACAAUCCCGUUCCUGACACAAAAACGUUACAGGAAAAGCUAGCAUCAAUGAUGGCACCUAAUACUGAAAGUUCGGGUUUGCAUCCACGUGUUGGGAAAUACUUGACCUUUGACCCUUCAAGGGUAAAUGAUUCUAUGCAAGAAAGUAAGGAUACCCAGGGGAAAGGACUUCAUUCAUCUGCCAGGGGGCAUCCUGCUUCCCCAUCCCAAAGUGCUAGUUUGUCUUCUGUACAAACAAGGGUGGACUCUAGUACAAGUCCGUUACAAAGUCCGAUGGAAUCAAAUCAACCUCUGUUUGGUAAGUCUCCCGCUGUGAGCGAGAGCAAGGACAGGCCAUCGGAAAAUCUCCAACAAAUGUCAACUCCUCGUGGUGUCAUUGUCAAGCACAUGCUUUACUACAACACCGGAACCCAGACUGAUACAAACUCUCAUGGGAGUCGGACUAGUAUACAUGUUACUUCUCAAAUCCAGGAAAAAGAUACUGUGGUGCAGGAGAAAUCAAUCCAAGCUCAUUUGUCUGAUAAGGAGGCAAGGAUUGAAACUGGUAGGAAUGUGUCUUCUUCUAACUUUGGAACAAAAUAUGUGCAAGGAUUAAAUGAGGAUGCAAGGAAAAGUCAGAAUUCCAGUGAAACUCAAGACAAUUAUUCCGAGGAGGAUUCACAAAAUUAUGCUCCGAUGAUUCGUAAACUGUCGCAGGAAUACAUGAGUGGUCGAAUGCAAGGUAUCGAUAAGCGAUCCUCAGGAGAUUCUGGUAUAUUUACAGUGAGUGCGACAAGUCCUGGAUCUGACAUGCCUCCACACUCGUUUGGACAGUUUCCUGGGAUGCGGGAGGCAAAUUCUUAUAACAGUAUUGUGAUACAUCCAAAUGAAACAUCACAUCCAUUUGGUAAAGACUAUCAGGAUUUAGACAAUGAAGGUCAAGGUCGGAUAGAUUCGACUAAGAUGGAGUUAGAUAGGCGUGUGUUCAGUCCUUCUGACUCCAGAGUCAGUGGCCACAAGGGAAGGUAUAGUAUGGAUCCAUCUAACUCCCAAAAAAUAUUGCCAAACAAAAAGAGUAUUCAGGAUACACGGUAUGGUUCUGAAGCCAACUUGCAGACGACAUACGCAAACCAGCGGAUGCACAGUAUGAGCAUGUCGUCUCUGGCUCCCAAGCACAGUAAAGCGGACUCGUUCUCCGACGGGCAAUAUUUACGUCCCAAACAUAGGAGCUCCCACUCGUCAUCUUCAUCACGACAUGGAUCAGACCACAGGUCCUCCACUGGCUCAUACCAGGGGUCGCUGAAUUCUCCCAUCCCUUCGGCGACACAAGGUCAAGGCCAGCAACGUACGAGUCCAUAUGAAUCUGAUUCAGUGUUUCUUGAUUCUGAUGUUACCACUCCUCCUAGUGUUAAACAAGUGGAGGUGUCUUCAACAAAUGUGUCACAAAUGCAAGACAGUGGAAGUGCUCAACAGCGCCGUAGUAUUGGGCGAAAUACAUCGAUGAAACGUGCAUACGGAACUUAUGAUGAGGCCUGUCGCAAGCUUGAGGAUGCCGGACCAAAAUCUUCAGGGCUACAGAUUGCACACGGCAAGUCCCAGUCGUACUCUGGUGAUUAUAUGCAAAUGAACAAUAACCAAAACCGGAUGGCCCUCGGUCAAAUUCGCGAGGAUUCAUCUGAAGGUCGCUGGGCUGAUGUUGUCAACAAAUCUAGGUCACUCCACCACAACACGACAAGCUCAGUGUCGGAGGAAUCAAAUUAUGCAAAUAUUGAUCCAUUGAAAAUGGAAAAAAACAUAAAUCCUGAAUUGAUUGAAAGAUCAAACUUGAAAAGAACUGCAUCAGAACAAAUCCGUCCUCUGUCAGGCCAUGGAUUCGACGAAAUCAGACCUCCACUUCCGAACAGAGACUCACGGUCAAGCUUCCAUAGUGCUAUGAUUCAUUCCCAAUCAGACACUAGGCAGAAACCUGUUCAAUCUCCAACACAGUCUCAAAGUGACCUUCAUACCCAAAACUUUCAGUUGCCUUCCACCUCACAAAUGGAUAUAAAUUUGGAUUCCGAUACGGAAGUAAAAACAAUUUCGGAUUCCGUUAAGAACAGUGCUAUUUCUUCCUCUAUGUCCCAGUCCCAGAAAGACCUGAACAGACGAAGUGGCGAUUAUAUGAAGGAGAAACAAAAGCAGCGUAAUGCUAUUCAGGACUUUGUGGAACGUAAAACUGGAAAAAGAUCAUCGGAUAGUGUUGACACAUCAGCAACAACACCUGAAGAGCCACAAAUAGCGCCUUCCUCACCGCAGGAUAGAUCUUCUCCAAAACUUACCCCAACCCAGUCCUUUAGGGAAAAAUAUGCCAAGCGGCAGGAAAGUUUACGGAGGUCGAAGUCAAUAACGUCGCGUGAUUCGUCAGAUUAUGUUCACAUGAGUCGUCCUACACAGCCCCAUCCACAAACGGAAUGGAGUAAGAUUCGGUCUCAAGCACAGGACGGAUCCAAACGGCCCCACUCUAUUAGCUCCGAUAUCAGCUUGGUGGACCCGUACGCAGUGACGCCCAUCACAGAGGCCUCUAAACAACAGGAUAUGGACAUGGAGGCCCAUAAACGAAGCAAGUCCGACUCCACAGAUGUCGCAUCACAUGAUCCAUCCCAGCAAGUAGCUGAAGUAGCAGCUUCAAGGCGAUACAUGUACAGACAGGCUCGGGGCCCUCCCCCUUCUCAGUAUCGCUCUGGAGGGUCCCUGUCCGGUAGCAGUCUGGAUUAUGCAAAUACUGGGUACAGGCGUCCUCCACCCCCACCCCCAGUGGAGGAUGACAAACCCCCUGCCCUGCCCCCAAGGAACUACCGCAACGCCUCUACAAGUCAGCUGGACACCAAUAGUCAUGGGUCACGAACUGGUGGGUACUUGGAACCACUGCAGCGUGGUGCUCCAGAGACACAGGUGCGGAAACCCAGGGAAAGUUCUCCGGACAUGUAUGCUCAGCAACUCCGGAUACAGUACCGGAGAUAUUCUGAACAGAACUUAAAACCAACAUCAAUGAGUGUUGUUUCCUCGCGACCCGUAACACACUGUUCACAGUCACAAAAACGGUCGUCAUUGGAGCCGCAGGAAGCCACUCUCCCGACAACAAUGUCAUCAAUAGUGUCGUCAACAGGUGGCAUGCCACCACAUCAAAUGUCUUAUGCCACAACCACUAAUCAUAUACUUACAUCACAGGCUCCAUCAGCCAAUCAAACAAUGACAAAUAGUCAUGCAAGUCCUGUGCUACAGUCGUCACCAAGGUCAUCAGUGUCCCACAUAUCGACCCCGGUGUCCUUGGCCCUACAUGUGACCCCUUCAAAAGACAAUGCCAAUCUCCCCCAAACAGCUUCUAGUCAAAAUUACUCUCCACCAAUGCAACUAUGUAGUCCAGAAUUGCCACCGCCUCCUACGCCUAUCAAAAAUCCAGAGGACUUGGCGGCCAUUCAAGACCUUGACCUUCCGGCACCACCACCAGAGGUCAUGACACCCUCCGGUGAAUCUUCACUUGAAGGAGAUGACAGAUGUGCAGACGAUUCGUAUGGUUCCCACAAAACGAGGUCUGCACGCCAGGUGGGUGUGUACAAUCGUUCCAAGUCAACGACACUCCUCACCGAAAACAACAACUAUAAGCAACAGAUCCAGAAGCCACCUCGCAGGAAUCUGAACAACCAAGGCUGGAAGAGCGAAAAUGCAAUCAACAUGCCUCCUCUAGACCUUGAUAAUAAAGUAGACGAGUCAGAAUUUGUCACAGCGGAAAGCACCGUUACGCCAACAAUUAGUUCAAGGCCGCUUGGCAACUCCCAGAGUACUAGUUCUAUAAUGGCACCUCGCCCGUUUAUGACCUCGGAUCAUUCCCGUCACCCGGAAGUGUCGCCUUCUGAAAAGGAAGAUGCAGAUAGUCCAUCAGUCAAAGAUCGUAUUUUCCGUUUUGAAAAGAAACCGUCCAAAGGUUCUGGUGACAAUAAAGUUCGUAAAUCACCUUCAAGUGUGAACAAUUUGAAAAAGUCUUUCGAAGGUCGGACUAAACCAUCUGACCUUGGCACGGAUUCUCCUAGACAAGGUAACCAAUAUAGUUCUAAGUACAAGGGCAGAUAUGAAAAUAGACAGGAAAUGUCCAAGCAGGGUUCUAGGUCUGCUAGAGACCAUCACAGCUCGGGUAGCGACAAGUCUGAUAAUUCAGUACCGUUUACUGUAGACAAGAAAGGUAUGGAUCAUCUGGGACAGUACAGUGUGCAGGGUAAUGGCUACUCGCAUCAACAUCAUGGCGAGCAGUCACAUCGGAGAGAGUGUGCUGAAAGGGGAGACAACUCAGUUGGUGCUCUUCAAAGAAACAGUGAUAGUAGUGAAAAUGUGCAUAGACAGGAUAUAAAUUCUUACAAUCAAAGUUCACCUGAUCGGGUCAGUUACAGUCGGCCAGAGCGGCCGGACAUUUCCCCGAACUCCAGACUCGAGGCAUCUCCUCACCUGCCGGACAGGUAUGAAAGUGACCCUACGCCUCCCAAAGUUCCUCAACGGUCUCCGCUUUCGCAUAGACCUGUUCCCCAACCAGAAGCUCCAUCACCCAUCGAUAGAUCAACACGUUCGUAUGGUCACCAUCAGAGCAAUUCCUCAUCCUCAGACAUUAGUGAAGGUACACCCCUCUCUAUCAACCACGAACGGCAGCCGUCACAGGAAGAACUGGAGUGUAAUGAAAAAGUGCAGGAAUUCGCUCGGCAAGUGAAAGACAAGGACAAGAAAUUGUCAGAAAUGUUGAAUCAAGAUGAUCUUGGUCGAAUGAAAUUCAUGUCAGGUAUUGUUCCACCGGCGGACACACCCAGGAAACACAGUUCUGGACAUUCUCCACAGGUAUCUAAACUGUCCACUGGGUCUAACGAGGAAGCUAAAGAUGCUACUCCCAAUGGUAUCCAAGACAACUCAACUGAUCAAUAUUCCUAUGGUAGAUCAAAGGAUAAAGGCUCGCCCCCAUCUAACUACUGGGUGUGCCCAUCCAAGGCCCAGAUAGAAAUUGACAUCCGUAACUGUGAAGAGCUCGGAAAGAAGAUGAGGAAGGAUAUAGUGGAUCCAGAAAGCCUCAUUAGAACUAAGGAGGAGUUGGUGUCAAGUAUAGUGAAAAAAAUGGAUAAGCUGAAGGAUGAAAAAUCAGGUUUACAGAUUGAAAUCAAAGAAGUCGACACUAUGGGGAAAAUGGUGUCAGAAACAGUAGAACAGAAAUGUAAGAGCCAGAAGGAAAAAGAUAAGUUCCAGACGUUCCUGAAAGAGAAGGACCACAUCAUUCGCCUCCUCCUCAAAGUUUCCGGUCUGCUUGCACGCGCUGAAAAUGCACUGCAGGGUCUUCCUGAAGCCUGUGACGUCCAUCAAAAGGACAUAGCAACGCAGAAGAGAGAUCGUUAUAAGGACCAGCAUGAAGAGGCUCAGAAGCUGAAACAGGACAUUGACCAACGGAGUGCACAGAUCUUAGCAAUACUGCAGGAAUCGCUCAGCGACCAGGAACUCGAAGAUUAUCAGUACUACAUAAACAUGAAAUCGACGCUCACUGUCGAGCACCAGAACCUGGAGGACAAAAUCACACUCGGACAGGAACAGAUUCAGGCAUUACGCCGGAGCAUCCCCGACAAACGACACUGAGUCGGGCAUUAUGUGGGCGCAUCCCUGACAAAUGGCUUUGAGUCAGGUUUCGUGUUAGAGCAUUCCUGACAGUCGAUUCUGAGUCAGCAAUUAUGCAUCCCUGAUGAACGCCACAUGAGUCAACAGAAGGAUAUUGUGAUAAAUAAUGUGUUCAGAUAUAUAUUUUUUUCGAAUUCAUGGAAUUGUGCUUGUCGACACAUUUGUGUAAGCAUGAGGUGAGUUUGAGAUCGAGCUGCCGAAAUGAUAUUGUACAAGAGUGAUAUUGUUGCGUGUGAGAGGAAAAUAUUGGAGAAGGAUUUUACUUUUUCGUGAGUCCUCAUUGCUUACAAAUUCCAUGUUUUAUCUAGUUGAUUUAUAUCACAGGAAUGUAUCCGGGCCCAGACAGGAAGUUAUAUAAUUAUUCUGUAACCUAGGCAACAUGUUACGAUGUUUAUUUCAUCUUCCAUAUGCAAUACAAAGACAUAUGUAAAUCAUUAGAGAACAUUUGCAACAUUAUCAUCUUUAUUUUAAUUGCCAUUUUGCAUUAUUUGCUUCAUUUGCAACUACAGGAUUUUCUGACAGUUAAAGUUAUUUAAAACAAAGAAGAAUUCAAAAUGGAAGAUUGGAUCUCACACUGACAAAAAAGGAAAAAAAUAAACUUAUCAUUAUUUAUUUUAUGUAAAUUUUGUUCUUUUCUUAACAUGCCAGAAUUGAUUCUGUUAACAGAUAUUGCUAAAUACAUCAAUGCUGUUUCAAUUUUUAACAAUGUCUCAACGCUUUUUAUUACGUUUACCUGUUGAAGUAUUAAUUUUGAGUUGUUGCACAGGCUGGAAAUGCCUGAAAUCCUUUGCUAUUAUUGUUUAUUUUGUUUUCAGAUUUGUGUAAAUGAAACCCCCUACGUUAGAUGUACAAAGAAGAACAAUCUUAUGUGUGAAAAUGUGUAUAUAAGAUCAGGAAUCCUUUUGAAAAAAAAAUAUUCCAGAGAGGAAAAAUGUGAAAAGAUGUACAGAAAAAAAAUCAUACCUUCAUAGGUUUGUGGGCUAAGGGAGAUAACUUUGUUUCCCAGUUGUACAAUUUCUUUUUCCCAAAUUGUCUUUUGUGUAAAACGCUAAUAUGUAUAAAACGGUGCAAAAGUCAUAAAAGUUUCCAUUUUAGUUUAUCCAUAGUAAGGUUUUAAAUGUCUUAUUUUAUAUCGUGAUAAUUUAUUUGCAUUCAUGCAAUGUGUGUAUUAUUUCCCAUUCAUAUUAAAAACAGAUUAUAUUUUAUAUGUCUUGUUGAGGAGACAAAGUGUUUAAUUUAAUUAAGUUGUAUAUUUGAGUUGAGGUCAGGGUUGGAAUGCCCCAAUCUUGAAAGAGAAAUAUGUAAGCUGCAUUGUAUGUUAUGUUUAAUAUCUGAAAAACUGUAAUAAACAUAAUUAUACAUAGUUGUGUGUCUUCUCCUGUCUGCUACCGCAGGUCCUUCACUACUUUGUGAGGAUCUAACUACUGCCAAAAUAAUAAGGGUGGUAUAACUUCUACCCUGUAUUUCUAAAAUGGACUGGCUUGUUCAUGCAUAUUGGAUUAGUACAUUUUGUUCAAUGGGGAUAGAUGACAUAAAAAAUUGUAUUUUGAAAAAAAAUAGGGGGGAACUGUUGUCUUACAAGAAGGUAAUUCAUGUCAUUCUAGAUUCUCCAAUUCGAGCUAAAUUUUCUUCUUGUAAAUGAUUGCUUGUUAGAAAUGCACCAUAAUGUGUCACUCAUAUUUUGUAUGCAUGGAAAUGUGGGCUGCAUGUAAUUUUUAAAGUUUUACAAAUUUUAUCUGCUCUCAUCAAAUUGUUUCGGUAAAUUUUCAUGAGAAUCUAUCUGAUCUGAAAAGUUUUCAUUUUUUUUCCAUUGUUGAAUUGUUUUAGUAAUAUAACUGUUAUAUUUUAAGAUUUGUUAUCAGUGGAAAUUAUCAUUAAAUUGCUAAUGUUAACAUUUUACUAAAGAUACUAAUUCAGAUUUAAAGGUAUUGUUGACAAAAUGCAUUUUAUGUGUAUCCAUUCUACAAAAUGAAAUAACCCAAAUUUGUUCAUACUUCCGGUAAUGAAAUCAUUCUACAUCACCUGAAUGAAAGGUCUUUUUCAAAAUGGAGAAACUGAAUAUCAGCUUUUGGUCAGAAACAGUUUUUUUAAAGUCAAAAAUAUGUAAAUUUUAUUUUUUUCACAAAUUCAUGAUUUUCAUUCAUUACAAAGUCUUUGAUUAGCAUUAGUGCAGACAUUUGUUAUAAGAACUAAUAUAAUAAUUAAUUCUGAGUAUAAUAAGCACUAUUUAAGUAUCUUGUCACUCCAGAAACUGUUUGAGUAUGUUACAUUAUUUACAGAGUCGACAGAUUGUACAGGUACAAAUGCAUUCCACCCACCCUACAACUUUUCCAAAGGAAAAUUAAUCAUACCACACAAUUUUUUUGUCGGUGUUUCGAAGGUCAUGUGACCUGUUUAAGUCAUGUGAUUUGUGUAAAGUCACAUGACCCUGUAUAACAGUCAUGGGACAUGUAGUUUAGGAGUCCAUGUUACAAAUACAUUACAGACAUGGGCCUGACAUCAGUAAUAUUAUAAAUAUAUACACAUUAUGAAAAACUUCCAAGGGAAGAUCAUUAAAAAGGUGUGUGAACUAGAAA